UGUGUGUUACGGUUGUCCGUGUCCGGUGAGUGGUCAUGUUUUUGUCAGCUCUGAUAUAUUGUUAUCUUUGUUCAUCUUUAAGGUUCGGUGAAGCAGUGCUAAGCGCGGGGUCUUCGUAUGUUGCCGCUGUGUAUGAGCAUCGUGUGUUCCUGAACCCGGAGCCCCGAGUCCCGCUGUCCCGCUGCGAUGCCCUGAAACAUGUGCAGAAAAACUUGGAUAUUUACGAGGAACAGGCUGCCCGCGCCGCGAAGCAGGGCGCUCAGAUCCUAGUCUUUCCAGAGGAUGGUAUUCAGGGCUUCAACUUCAGCCGAUUAUCCAUCUCUGGCUACCUGGAAACCAUCCCUGACCCCCAGCAGGAGAAAUGGAAUCCUUGUAAAGAGCCAGGAAGAUAUACCAACACUGAGAUUCUUCAGAGGUUGAGCUGUAUGGCACAUGGUUACAACCUCUACCUGGUGGCCAACAUGGGUGACCUGCAGCCCUGCCCCGUGGAGCCCAGUUCUUCUUCCUCCUGUUCACCUGAUGGACACUGGCAGUUCAACACUAAUGUCGUUUUCAGCUCCGAUGGUCAGUUGGUGGCACGAUACCAUAAACGCAACCUUUAUUUUGAAGAGGCCUUUGACACACCACCACAGACUGAGAUCAUCACGUUUGACACACCUUUUGCUGGGAGGUUUGGUCUUCUCACCUGCUUUGACAUCCUGUUCCAUGACCCCACAGUCGUCCUUGUGGAGAGGGGUGUGCGUCAGUUUAUUUUCCCCACAGCCUGGAUGAACCAGCUCCCCCUGCUGGAUACUAUCCAGUUCCAGAGAGCUUUCAGCCUGGGAGCCAACGUCACUUUAUUAGCAUCCAACAUUCGCAACGAUCAUCUAAUUAUGACAGGAAGUGGUAUGUACACCCCUUUCACAGCGACCUACCACCACGCCCGGCAAGGAGACCCAGAAGAGGGCAGGCUACUGGUGGCCACGCUACCCGUCCUGGAGGAGAGUGGAGGUAGAACAGAAUCGACCUUUUCAGCAGCCACAGACUCUGGAUACUGUCAGAAAGACAGCUGUGAUUAUUCUUCUCCUCCCAAAACCGUCCCAUCUUCCUCCUUUAUCUCAUCCAUGAUGUACGACCCAUUCUCAUUUGUUCUCUUAAACGAAACCGCAGGAAAACUUGAAGUUUGUGAUGGAACAUUCUGUUGUCAACUCCAGUACCGGCAAUUACCACAGAGUGACAGUACAGAGCUCUAUGCACUGGGAGCUUUUGCUGGAACACACACUGUGAACGGGCGAUAUGCCCUGCAGGUAUGUGCACUGGUCCGUUGCGCGGGGCGAGACUCCAGUUCCUGUGGACAGGAAGUGGAAGAAGCUGAGACUAAAAUUGACUUCCGCUUGGAGGGAAAGUUUGGGACCAGAUAUGUGUAUCCUUCCAUUUUGGCCAGCGGCCUGGUUCUGGAGCAGCCGCAGCAUGUUGAGAAGAAUGAAAAUAACAUAGUGACCAUGAUUCAUUCGGACAUGACAGAUGGUCUGGUCACAGCCUGUCUGUAUGGAAGGAUGUACCAGCUAGACAAUCAAUGAAAUAAUGCUGUCCUGAUCAUUCAAUCAUUUUUAAACUCCCUUUCUGAUUAUUGUGAUAAAAGGUGUAAAAUUUUAUUC